AUGAAAACAAAAASUAUCACCGAAACGGAUCCARUGGUUUACAUAGAAAUCAAUGAUCUGUUCGAUGAAUUGAUUGUCGAAAACAAACGACUCGUCAAUGAGUUGUUGUUUGCAAACAAAUGUUUGACUGAAAUGAAAGAUCACAUGAAUUUGGUUCACAAGAAAUACGAACCGUUUAUAUUCGCAGAAGACAUCAAUAAGUGGCAGACAUUACAACAAUCAGUGGACAUAACUGUUGAGGAAUACAAUCAAAACAAACAACUACUGAGUACUGCAAUGAAAAGUGAUGUAAAUCAAGAUUCAAGAAGUACUGGACGACGAUUAAAGACAUCAAAAUCAAAAUGUAUUACAAAUCAAAUAACAACAACAACUGUCACAACAGCUGAUCCAUCACAACAACAGAAUACGUCUAUAGAAAAUAUUAGUCGACGAUUGCAAUUAAAAUUGAUAGACAAAACAGAUGAUGGUAACGAUAAUGAUGAUCACCAAUCGGAUCAAUCGGAUAAUAUUUUACUACAAUUGUUAAAUCAAAACAAUUUCGAUGAUAAACAACAACUAUAUUUGUGUCCAUUUACUGGAUGUGAUCGCAAAUAUUCUUUGAAAAAUGGUCUAAAACAUCACUUUCAUCUGAUUCACUAUAAACCCGAUUAUAAACCAUUUAUCUGUGAACUGUGCGGACAGGGAUUCAAACGAAAAUUUAUUCUCGAAAAACAUAUUCAUAUACACGAUGUGAACCGGCAGAAGACAUACCAGUGCUCUGAAUGUGAUAAAUCGUUUUACAAAAGCCAUGCACUUAAGGAACACAUGUUGUCUAAACACUCGACGGAAAAGUCAUUUAAAUGUGGUAUCAAUGGCUGUGAAGACAAAUUUCAAUCAGUUUAUCUGCGAACUCUUCAUCGACAAUCUGUCCAUCAAAUGAAGUAUUCGAUGAAGAAAGUCAAAGACAGGUAUUCGUGUCAAUGGCCCGGUUGUGACUAUCGGUGCGCUGGAAGGGAGCGUCUGGCAGAUCAUACACGAGUACACACCGGUGAGCGUCCGUUUGUGUGUCAGUGGCCAGAGUGUGACAAACGAUUUACUACUAAAAAGGAUCUAAAAAAACAUGUGAUUUGUCAUCAAAAUCAGAAACCAUUUGUGUGUCAAUGGCCCGGAUGUGACUAUCGGGGCAAUACUAGUGCCAAUCUGUGGAAUAGUGAUAAUAAUAAUAGUGAUAAUAGUAAUAGUGAUAAUAGUAAUAGUGAU